GGGCGGGGCUUCCAGAGAGGCCUCCAAGUAGGCCUCCCUGAAGCCUGAACUCAGCAGGCCCGAAGGGAGGCAGGAAGGAGGCUGGCAGAGCUCCCUGCAGCAGACCAGACCAUCCAGCACAGCUUUUGCAAGGAAAGAAAAAGAUUUGCUGCCUCUCCUAGCUUGAGCCUUGUCUUCUCAAGAGCUGCUUUCAAACUGAGCCACUUCAGGAAUGUAGCUCCUCCCACAAACUGUGUGACUCACCUGCAGCUAAUCCACCACCUUCGCCCUGCUGUUCAUGGGUGCUUUGGGAGCUGAUCUUGGGAGAUGUACAUGAUGAUUUGAAGCACCAUGCUUGUUGCUGCCUAUGUCGCUUUUGCUUUACUCCUGGUGAUAUGCAUCGGCUUGGAGUUUUCUGCCUGCCGCUCCAAACUCACUGGCAGGUCUUGCUCCAACCCAGCCUUCUUGCGGUUCCAGCUGGACUAUUACCAGGUCUACUUCUUGGCUCUGGCAGCUGACUGGUUGCAAGGACCCUAUCUUUACAAACUGUACCAACACUAUCACUUUUUGGAGGCCCAAAUCACCAUCAUUUAUGUCUGCGGUUUUGCCUCCAGCGUGCUGUUUGGGCUGGUCUCCACUUCCUUGGUUGACCGCUUGGGCCGUAAGAAAUCUUGCAUUCUCUUCUCCUUGACUUACUCUAUUUGUUGCUUCACAAAGCUCUCCUGGGAUUAUUUUGUGCUGAUUGUUGGGAGGAUAUUAGGUGGAUUGUCCACUGCCUUGCUGUUCUCUGCCUUUGAAGCGUGGUAUGUGCAUGAACAUGUGGAGCGUCACGACUUUCCAGCAGAGUGGAUUCCUGCCACCUUCUCCAAGGCAGCCUUCUGGAACAGCAUCAUUGCUAUUGGAGCUGGGGUGGUAGCCAAUGUCUUUGCUGAAUGGUUGGGUUUGGGCCCAGUGGCUCCCUUCAUGGUAUCCAUUCCUCUUCUCAUGCUGGUUGGUGUCUUAGCUAUAAAGAACUGGGAUGAGAACUAUGGCAAGAAGCGGGUGCUAUCCAGAAAUUGCAUAGAUGGUUUGAAGUGCCUCCUCUCUGACCGCCGGGUCAUGCUUCUGGGCACCAUUCAGGCUUUGUUUGAAAGUGUCAUCUACAUCUUCAUCUUCCUCUGGACUCCUGUCCUGGAUCCUUACAACCCACCACUGGGCAUUGUCUUCUCCAGCUUCAUGGCAGCCAGUAUGGUGGGAUCAUCACUCUACCGCAUUGCCACUUCCAAGAAAUAUCACCUUCAGCCUAUGCAUAUCCUUUCCCUUUCAGUCCUGAUGGUUUUCUUCUCCCUCUUCAUGCUGACUUUCUCUACCAACCCAGGGCAGGAAAACCCCUCAGAAUCCUUCUUGGCCUUCCUGCUCAUUGAGCUCUCUUGUGGGCUCUACUUCCCUUCUAUGGGUUUUCUCCGGCAGAAGGUGAUCCCAGAGAAGGACCAGGCAGGUGUGAUGCACUGGUUCCGUGUCCCUCUGAACCUUCUAGCCUGCCUCGGCCUUCUCAUCCUCCAUGACAGUGACUACAAGACAGGCACCCGGAAUAUGUUCACCAUCUGCUCUGUCAUGAUGCUGAUGGCUCUCCUGGCUGUCGUAAGCCUCUUCACUGUGGUCCGAAACAAUGCAGAGCUCAGGAUGCCCAGUGCGUCAGGACAAACUGAGGGCACUUCUUCUGAGCUCUGAUCUAGUGCAUUGCAAAGCCUUUCUGAGGGAGGUGUCAAGGCUACUUCACAGUUGCCUGCAACACAUCAUAGUGCUGGCACUGUAUAUAAGGGAGGACUCAUUGAAGAAAACGCUGAGCCUCUGGUGAGUCCUAUGUGGCUUUUCUAUGUGGGAGAAACUUUUCUCUGCCCUUUCCAAUAAUGUUGGUCCAUAUCAAACAACUUGAUUAAAUUUUUGGCAAACAUAGCUUUCUUCUCUAUACCUUUUCUUCUUCUUGAUUUCUAUAAGCAAAACUGGGGGCUGUUUUCUACCACUGCAUCCUGUAGUGGUUGAGAAGAAGAUAGAUGGUGGCAGGUAAUGGAUUAAAAGGACACAGUCACCUUUUAGAAAGUAAGCAAUGGGGUUGAUGGACAUUAUUCAUUAUCAGUAUUGAACCUGGUCACUAUACCAGCCAAAUUCCAUAUUGCCUGCCCUAUGCUUUUUUUUAACCAAAAAAUUUUAAUAAAUUAAAAAAAUAUGAAACUUC